CCAGGCGGGGCGGUUGCUGAGGGCGACCAUCGGCUCGGCCCUACUCGGCUAGACUCUGCCUUGCUCGGCUCGGCUCUCCCAGUCGCCGGCGAUCCAUCCUCGGGCGGAGGUGCUGCUUUGUGUGUUGCUCCAGAAGAUUACCACAAUGUCUGACUAACUGUCGGUAAUGACUACAGUAUAAAGACGUUGACAAAUGCUGUAAGUCUCUGAGUCAUAGGGCAACCGACCAAAAUACUGGGAGGGGGAAAUCCAUAGACAAAUCUUGGUGCCUAACAACGCUAGUGUCCUGUCCAGCAGUCAGAGGUGCCCCAUCCAUUUGAAAACAUUGAUUGUGCAGUGAUUUGAGAUUGGAUAAAACAGGGCCGGGGAAACACUCACCUGUUGCAGCGUUGGAAGGAGAAACUUUGAAGUAGGAAGACCAAUAAUAAGCUUGCCUGACUGUUGGACUCUGGCCCACAAAUUCACAUUAGUAGUGCCGUGUAACAUUCACUCCACUUGGUUUCUUUGGGACUUCAUUUAUCGCCAAGUGAUUCUGGAUUUGCCAAAUAUUGCGGAGUAGCUUGUAAGAAUGAGCGAAUUCUGGUUAUGUUUCAACUGCUGCAUUGCAGAACAACCACAGCCGAAAAGGAGGCGACGGAUAGAUAGGACCAUGAUCGGAGAGCCAACAAACUUUGUUCACACAUCUCACAUGGGGGCUGGAGAUAUGUUCGGCGAACAAAUUCACUCUUUAAAUGAUGUACAUGACCAGAUGCAGUCUAAGGGCGGCUACAGUGACUCUGUGCCAAUUAGUAUUCGGACAAUGCAUCUCAUCGAUACAACAGCAGCAUAGCGUCAUCAAGCAAUGGAGUUACAUAGCUCCAGUUAAUCCAUUUGUUCCUGUCUUCUUUAAAACCUGCGCCUGCGACUCCUUGAUUCCCCGUGUCUCCUCUGUCAAGACGUUUUGAGUUGGUUACUGAAGAAACAAAAACAUUGUGUUAAAAGUGGCUUUUAAAGCCACUUUUAAACAUGUUGCUCAUAAUACACUUGAAGCACACGAGUAUGCUGCACUUGCGAUUUCUGAAGUAGAUGAUACAUUCUCCAAUAUUGGCUGAUUCAGUCAAAUUAGGAGUUUGCUAAAAGAUCCGUUGACCAGUCUUUUUGAGUUGACUUGUAAUAAUUAUUGGAGUCAUGGGUACAAAUACUUAGUUGAGAAAUAAAGCUUAGCAAAUGACAGCACAAUUAUAUAUGGAAUGAUAUUUAAGUACAGUGUUCUGUAGGUUUAUCGUACGGGAUUCAUGUCAAAUCGUUUUGCAGCAUUUUAGAUGUGGAUACCUGUAUAGAAUUACAAAUUGAUUGGGUCAUUGGAGGUCCAGUGAUUUGAUAAUGGGGAGCCAUGUGUUUACAUUGUUGCCUGUUUUAUGUAAAUAUUGCUUUCUAAUAAAAUAAUGAAUUCCCUC